CCGUCCAAAACUCCUCAAGGUUGAUUCAGAUAAAAAGCCUUCAUGUAGUUCACCAUUAUCACCACCAGAGCCUGCAAAAUGACAGCUCUCCAAUCGCAGGGUUUCUGUCGAAAACAUGAGGAAAAGCUCAUACAAUGAGGGUCUGUAUCAGCCUGCGGUAAACCAGCCUCUCCGGACCAACUCCGUACGCGCUCGGACUGCUGACAAUCCACUGCGCGAAAAACCCUCCGCAAAUCCACUUUUAUCCAGCUUGUUUUGGGAAUCACCACAAGGAGCCUAUUUAAAAUGCCAACAAUGGGAAGUGCGUCCACAAAGCUUGAACUCUCUGGAACUUUACGGAUUUCUAUCCCCCAAGUGAAUGGAUUAUAAUUGCGUGCAUUAUUCGUCAGCCGACAGGAGCGCUUGGUUUUUAGCCAUAAGUGCGUUUUUGGAUAUGAUCGACUGAUAGCCGCGUGCAUUAACGUGAUUGCGUUGAUUCCUCGCUGCAGGACUGUGUUAAGCCGUCAUUCGCACUCUGUGGGAUUUGUUACACCUUGCAUGGAGUUGAAUGAGCGCACGCUGCGAUUUUGGCGAUCUGGCAAGCUGGUUAACGAAGUGGGUAACUGAAGGUCAUGGGAGAAGCAGCUCCGACCCAGGCCACCCCUAGUGGUUUUGCACCCAUGUUGGGCGUCGGGAUGGGAGGAUCAAUCACACCGAUGGCCACUUCAAGAGGAUCAGCCGUUCCUCAGCUCCACAGCGCCAUCGUGGAGCGCCUGCGUGCCCGGAUAGAGCUGUGCCGGCGCCACCACUCCACCUGCGAAAACCGCUACGAGCGCGGCCUGGCUGAAAACUCAGACCGGGAACACGAGAGCACACUCCAGCUCCUAAACAUCGUCCAUCAGGGACCGGGAACCAGGAAGACCAAGGGCAGCAGAUCGGCCUCUCAGCAUCCUUCUGAAUUCAUCAGAGGGAACGGAGAACAUAAAGGCCACGGAGCGUCAGACGCAGAAUCCAAAAUCUCCUCGCAGAUAGCACAGGGACUGAGGAGAAAGAUUGAAGCGCAGUCUCCUGGAUAUACGCCCAAGCAGAAUGGCCUCUCCUGUGGUGCAUCAGGAUCCAACUUCAAGCGUCUCCGUAUGGAAUCAAGCUCCUUUCGUCCUGGAACUUGUGCUUUAGCUGCAGGUCAGACACAACGAUUGGUUGGAGAUUCCACCCAUGGUAACAUCCUUCAAAGAAAGGACACUUUCAUGACGUCUCAUGGAAUUGACGUAUUUAACAUAACUCUAAAGGACAUAAAGAAGGAACCAAUUGAAGUUCAGACUUGUGGCCAGGCAACCACAGAUCCUUCGAUGUUGGUAUUUGAUUUUAAAGAUGAAGUAAUCGGACAGAUUGACCCAGAUCUCCAGGACUUGUUUGAUGAGCUCACCAAGAGCGUGCCAUCGUUCAACGAGCUAGAGUUUGAGAAGAUGCUAAAGCAAGAUGAUGACUUUGGGCUCGAUCUAGGUCGACCAAGUUCUGCAGGAGCAGCCCCUCCUUGUGUUCAUCUGGAUAAGCCAAUCAAGACUGAGUACUCAUCAGAUUUAAGCCACACAACCGGAGGCUCUCAGCAACUUAGACCAGCCUCUGCUGGACCUUCCUUCUCCAUGGCCAACACUACUUUAUCCACCUCGCCCAUUACAUCAGGUCUCCAUGGACAAGUACCUUCUGGCGGUGCUUCUCGAGGUCAUCCAGCAUGGCCUGAGAUCUCACACGCAGAGCAACUCAAACAAAUGGCUGCUAACCAACUGCAGCCCAACUCCAUUCUUCACAACCACCAGCAGAGUCAAGUUAGAAACUGGUCUUCUACCUUAGGUGUGCACCAGACACUUGGCUCCUUCCCUCAGGAGACUCUUCCCGGCAAUGCUUCCCUUUCUCAGCAGAGGCUCAAUCCUCAGAAUACUGGUCAGCCCAAAGGCUUAACAAAUUGCUUUCUGAAGCCCAACGGGUUCAACCAGUCUCAUAACGUUGACGCAAAGAUUCUCAGCAAUAAGCCUCUACUGCAUUUCAGCCCUAAAGCACCACCUUCCACCACAGGCCAACAGAUGCCCGUAAUGACUGUCCCACCAAAUAAAACAACCAUGCAACAACAGCAGGCACCUUCAGCAGGUCAGGGUAGGCACUUUCAGAACUGCCAGCUGCCCAUGCAACCAUCUUCAUGUCUGCAAACUAAGCCUCCAAGUCAAAGGCCGCUGCUCAAUCAACAUGGAGCUGGAAUCAGUUUUAAAUUGACACAGCAGAGACAGGGGAUUUCUUCAGCACCGCGUUUACCGGUGAACGGCCGUCCUGUGGAUUUACCAAGUCAGGUUCAACAGCAGAGGCCUCCGCAGAAGAACCCGAACCAGGAGCAGAACCUGCAGAGACAACUGGGCCAGCCACAGCCUAACAUUGCUGAUAUGGAGAAACUGAACACGCAGGAUCAGUUCAGUCGUCAUCUAACACGACCUCCACCAGACUACAAACACCCUCGCAAUGGAGUUGGAGCUCCACAGACAAGCUUAUACUCAGGCAAUGUGUCAGACCAAAGUGACAUCCAAUCCUUGUCCUGCCAGCUGGCCAAUGCACCAGGUGCCAAGAUGGCUGCCUCAGGAGAGAGGAGGUUUCCUCUUGGACAAGAUCCUAAUUCAGGGCCCACGGGAGCUCAAGCUUGUGCGAACCAGCAGCCCGGUGGCCUGAGCCGAAUGGGUCUCCAGCCAAACAAGACUCAGUUUCAUGGGACAAACAGUCAGGGUGGCGCUUUUCAACUGGUGAGGACCAGCGUCAGUCAAGAUUCCCUGCUGGGGCAAAGACUGAGUGACAGCAGGAUGGACGCUGCUUUAAACUGGGCGACAAGUGCCAAACAGAGUGGAUUAGAUGUCAAACGUCUCCCCAAUGCAGUGGCACCCCAAAGUGACGUUCAUUUCGCUCCUAGGUCUAUUUGCCCUCCCAACCAGGUGGCACCUCAUUCAAGCCUUCUACCGCUAAACCCUGCUAACAGAAGCUCUGCUCCCAGAUCCAGCCAGCCUAGGAUACCCCCGUUACCCGGGGUGAACCAGUCGUCUGUCGAACAGCAGGGUUGUCCAUCCACAUUUGGAGGGAUGAACCAAAGCCCGGUGACGUACCAGAACAACCGGGCAGGACGUCUGACCUUUGACUUCCUACCAGAGGACGAUAACACGGUACCAGGGAUCAAUGCGGACUCUGAUUUCAUCGACUCUCUGCUUAAAUCAGGCUCAGGCAACGAUGACUGGAUGAAAGACAUCAACCUGGAGGAAAUUCUAGGAGGACAUUCAUAAAAAACUAAACAAGGGACCGUUGUUGGAACUUUGUUCUCUACUUGAAGCCGUGCAUUAAAGGAACACUCCACUUUUUUGGCUCAUUUUACAAGUCACCUAGAGUUAAACAGUUGAGUUUUAGAAUUUUUAAAACUAUUCAGACGAUUUUGGGUCUGGUGGGAGCACUUUUAGCUUAGUUUAGCAUAAAUCAUUAAACCGGAUCAGACCAUUAGCAUCUAACCCAAAAAAAUUUUUUUUAAAGAGUUUGGAUAGCUUAGCAUAAAUUAUUUAAUCACAUUGCACUGUUAGCAACUUAGCAUUCUUUUCCUAAAUUAAAAACAAGUUUCAAUAGCUUAGCAUAAGUCAUUGAAUCGGAUUAGGCCAUUAGCAUCUCACUCAAAAUAAAUUCAAAAAUGAGUUUUGA